GAUGGACGUCGACCUACCCUGCAAGCUUGAACUCAUUUCCGAUCUUCUAGGACACGAUGAACGCGCUUGGCAGGUGGCAUGGAAUCCCGCCAAGCCUCUACUAGCAUCAUGCUCCGCAGACAAGUCUGUGCGAAUGUACAGCUACCGGCCAUCCGACCACGGAAGUAAAGCUCUGGCCUUUUCACACGUGGGCACUAUUCCGACGGGACAUACGAAAACCGUACGCAGUAUCGCAUGGGCACCAUCAGGCAAGACGCUUGCCACCGGAUCAUUCGAUUCCAAUGUCGGGAUAUGGGAGCGAGAGGAUGUUUCGGACUCCGAGGAUGCAGGGGAAACUGCGGGGGAUUGGGAAUGCGUGACUCUGCUUGAAGGGCAUGAAACGGAAUGCAAGAGUGUCGGAUAUUCAAGUUCAGGAACACUGCUAGCGAGCUGCAGCAGAGAUAAGACUGUAUGGAUUUGGGAGGUUAAACCCGAUGCAGAUUUUGAAUGUAUGGGCGUACUCAUGGAACAUAGCCAGGACGUGAAAUGCGUUGCAUGGCACCCUUCCGAAGAGAUACUUGCAUCCGCUUCGUACGACGAUACCAUAAGGCUCUACAUAGACGAUCCUUCUGAAGACUGGUUUUGUUUCUCGACCCUUUCUGGUCACAAGUCGACCGUCUGGUCUCUUGCUUGGUCGCCUCGAGGGAGUUAUCUCGCCUCAUCCUCCGAUGACCUUACGAUCAGGAUAUGGCAGAGAGUAGAAGAACACAAAUGGAAAUCCGUAUUGGAGCUGAGGGGGCAUGAAAGGAGUAUCUACUCGAUCAGCUGGGGAGUUGGGAAGAGCGAGAGUGAGAAUCUUGGGUGGCUCGCGACCACUGGCGGCGAUGGUAAAAUCAAUGUCUGGGAGAUAACUGAAACACAACACACCAAGGAUCCCCUGAGCGCAAAACUACUUGCGAAAAUAUCUGGAGCUCACGACGUCAGUGACAUCAAUUCUGUCUCAUGGUGCCCUCGGCCAGAUCAUCCAGAUUUAUUGGCCACUGCUGGUGAUGAUGGCUCUGUUAAGGUAUGGAAGGUAGUACCAUCUUAAAUUUACUAUGUACAAUGUUUCAUUUAUGCAAGAUCUAAGUGUGAUUAACGUAUUACGCGUGGAUACGGAUUUUGCACGGACUGAACAAAUUGAUUUACGUAUACUGUGAU